UGUGUGGAAUAUUAAAUAGAAUAUCGUCUAUUGAGACAUAGAGGCAAGCAAGUAAUUCACGAGAUACAAAUCGGAGUUGUCCGUAUAUUAUAUUUUGUAGCGAUCAAGAGAGACUAAGGCAGACAUGUGAGAGGGGAGAGGAUCCUAUAAACAAUUUAAAUCUAAGAUCUCUGCUUCCUCCUUCUCAUAUAUAUAUUGCAUAUUUACACAUAGUUCCUCUAUACAGAAACUGAUCGAGAAAACUCACGAAACAAGAGGCUAAUCAAAAGCAUAGAAGAAGAAUGGUUUCAAGGGAACAGAAGAGAGGUUCUUUGCAAGAGAAGUUUCAAUUGCUUCGUUCAAUCACUAAUUCACAUGCUGAAAACGAUACAUCGAUCAUAAUGGAUGCAUCAAAAUAUAUCCAAAAGCUUAAGCAGAAAGUCGAAAGAUUCAACCAAGACCCUACUGCAGAGCAAUCUUCAAGCGAGCCCACGGAUCCAAAAACACCAAUGGUAACAGUGGAAACCCUAGACAAGGGUUUUAUGAUAAACGUGUUCUCAGGAAAGAAUCAGCCAGGGAUGCUUGUUUCGGUAUUAGAAGCCUUCGAGGAUAUUGGGCUUAACGUUCUUGAAGCUAGGGCUUCAUGUACCGACUCUUUUAGCUUGCAUGCCAUGGGACUCGAGGUAAUUAACUAAUCAUCACACUAGUGUUUAUAUGAGCUAGGUUCUUGAUACAAAUGAGCUGAGUUUUUUACAAUGGUGUCAUCAUAUAUGUUUACGAAAUCUUAUGUGGUUACACUUACUUUAUUACAAAUAUAUUCAAAUUCAUGCUGGUGAAAAUUUAAAAAUCAUUUUGUAAAAUUAUAAUAAAAAGUGGGCAAUCUCAACACAAACACACACACGAAUACAAAAUAUAAACAUGUGUAGUCUAUGUCGAUAUGUGUGUGUUGGCAUGUAUAAUUAUUUUAAUGAUUACGUCACUGUUAAUAAUACAAAUGUAGAAUGAAGAUGGAGAAAAUAUGGAUGCUGAAGCAGUGAAACAGGCAGUGACUGAUGCAAUCAGGAGCUGGGGUGAAAUCAAUGAUCCACAGAACUAGAUUGACCCACUUUUCAUUUUUUUUUUAUAUAUAAUUUAUUUCUUAUUAUACAAAAUAUAAGGAAAUAACACAGUUUCUAUAGUAUUUCUGCUUCUUCUUUUUUCUUUUUCUUCUGUCCAUUUUGUAGUCCAGAAUUUCCCCGUGAAAAGGGAUAAUGAAGAAAAAUCAAUUGUAUGUUUAUUUAUUUCACGUAAGCAAUAGAAAAUACGUUCUUAAGGUACAUCACCUAAC